AUGACUCGUGGUACAGUAAAAUCAAGAUUUAUUAUUCAAUGGGCAAUCCGCAGCCAAGUACCAAGUAUAAAAUAUUUGUGUUUGCAUUAUACAAUUAGUAGAAGUGUUUUUAAUAAGCACUACACAUUUGAUAAACGUAUUGGUUCAAUAGCUGUUAUAUCUCUAACUAUCCCUGCGGGAUGUGCAACUAGAUCUUUUAAUUCAAUAAGACCUUUGGCAAAUAAUCCAGAGUCUUUAGCGUUAGAUCAUAUCAAUAGUGAAAAACCAACUAAUUCAUCCAUUAUUAAUAAAAUAUUAUUAAAUCAAAAUUUAUCCAUUACUGACUCUAAAUUAGAAGAAUUAUUAAAAGUUAAAGGUGUUGAAUGGGAUCUUCCUAUAUCUACACCGGAAAAUAAACAACUUUUAGCUGAGUUAACAGGUAAAUCUAAAUAUAAAGGUUUCUCGGGUGUAUAUAUCUUUAUACAUAAAAAUACAGGGCAUAAAUACGUAGGUUCAUCUAAUUUAUUAAGACGUAGAAUGGAUUAUUAUUUUAAAGGUGAUUUCCCUUUAAGUGGUAAAUUUUUACCUUUACUUCACAAAGAAGGGGUAAGAGCUUUUAAAUUAAUAAUAUUUAAAUUAGAUUGUACUAUAUUUAUAAAAAGUUUGUAGAUUCUAAAAAACCAUAUCUUAAUAAAUUCUUACUAUUAAGCUAUUAUAUACCUACUGCUUUAACAAGCAAUAUUUCGGUGGAUAAAUUAGUAGAGAUUAUGCAAAAAGAAAGACAAGAUAUGUAUAUAUUAGG